UACUUAUGAUUUGUAAUAAGUCAAAACCAUAUGUUUUGUGUUAUUUUGUACUUUGAUGUCACACAAUCAAAUAUUCGCUAAGCAAAGCGAAUAAUGAAGAAGGUUCAAGGAAAUGAUUCCUUCCAACGAAUAAAUUAUUUGUAUCAAAUAAGUAAACAAAUAUCGGCUAUUAAUCCUGCGCUGUCAUCAUACUAUGGGAGCCUUGCUAUUAAUGUUGCAAAGAAAAGUGUUCUUAAAAUUCACCCAGAUAUAAAAAGGCAAAUAUGCAAAAAGUGCAAAUGCCUACUCACCAACCAGACAAGUAAAGUGAAAAUAAAAAAUCUGAAUAAAUCAAAGUACAUUCAUCGUAUCUGUAAAAUUUGUAAAACAAAGAAAGUAUUUCCAGCAGAUAAAAAUAAAGAGCAUAAAAUCUGGUUAGAGAAAGAAGAGGCAGUGGUGGAAGUUAUCACCCAAGAUUAAUAAAUAAUUAUUAAAUUAC